GUUUUCGAUUUUGAUCAUAUUCUCCAUUGCCAAAACCUUCAUCAAAAUUAGAAAGCUUCGAUUUUUAUAGUAUUUUGAUUCUAAUGGAUGUGCCUGACGCCAGAAAAGAUCCAGGAAUUGGGAGCAGCAAAGAUAAGUUAUCAGACGAAACUUUACUGAUGGAUAUUGAUGACAUUGACUUUGAUGAUUUCGAUGAUAUGCUGAAUUCUGUCACCCUACAAGAAUUGGGUGAAGAUUUUUUGAAGAAAUUUUGCAAGAAGGCAGCAACUGCCUUCUUUGAACAGUAUGGUCUAAUUAGUCAUCAGAUUAAUUCAUACAACAAUUUUGUCAAGUAUGGGAUCCAACAAAUGUUUGACUCUGUUGGAGAGAUUGUGGUUGAGCCAGGGUUUGACCCUUCCAAGAGAGGUGACGGCGAAUGGAAAUAUGCCUCCAUAAAGUUUGGCAAGGUCAUCCUUGAUAAGCCAGACUUUUGGACAGGCGACAAGUUCUUUGGAGAUGGUGGAAAAGAGUACCUGAAGUUUCUUCCUCGUCAUGCUAGGCUUCAGAGCAUGACUUAUUCCGCUAGGAUAAAAGUGGAGACUCAUGUUCAGGUUUACACCAAGAAGCUUCUAGCAAGUGACAAGGCAAAAACUGGAAGGGCAGUACAUAUAGAGAAUGAGUGUGAGAAGGAGGAGAAGAGAGAGGUCAUAAUAGGGAGGCUUCCUGUUAUGGUGAGAUCCGACUUAUGUUGGAUGAAUGGAGUUGAAAAGGAUGAUUGCGAAUUUGACCAUGGUGGUUACUUUAUUAUAAAGGGUGCUGAAAAGACAUUUGUUGCACAGGAGCAAAUUUGCUUGACAAGACUUUGGCUCUCAAGUGUCCCGUGCUGGACUGUUUCUUACCGUCCGGUUGCAAGAAGGAAGAGAGUCUAUCUGAAGCUAGUUGAUGAAUCAAAAUUUGCAAAUCUCAUCGGAGGACAAAGGGUUCUUUCUGUUUAUUUUGUCAUUGCCGAAAUGCCUGUAUGGAUACUAUUUUUCGCCCUUGGUGCAUCUUCUGAUAGAGAGGUGGUAGAUUUGAUUGAUCUGAACAUUGAAGACACCAAGAUUGCUAAUAUACUAACUGGCUCGAUUUAUUAUGCUGAUACUAAAUUUGAGGAUGCUGAUCUUAAAUGUAAAGGAGGCUUCCGUAAAGGCAGGAAUGCUCUAGACUAUGUUCAGAUGCUUCUGAAUAACUGCAAAUACCCUCCUGCUGAGUCCGUGGAAGAAUGCAUCAGCAAUCUACUGUUUCCAAAUUUAACUGGAUUCAAACAGAAAGCCUGCUUCCUUGGGUAUAUGGUGAAGUGUCUGUUGGAAGCCUAUACUGGGCGAAGAAAAGUUGACAACCGGGAUGACUUCAGAAACAAGAGAUUGGAGUUGGCUUCUGAGCUACUGGAGAGGGAGCUGAAAGUACACCUCAAGCAUGUUGAGAGGUGUAUGGUUAAGGCUAUGCAAAGAGAUCUCUAUGGAGAUCGUAGCCUGCAGAGCAUUGAACAUUAUCUGGAUGCAUCAAUCAUUUCAAAUGGUCUCUCAAGGGCAUUUUCAACGGGAGCAUGGUCCCAUCCUUAUAAGAAGGAAAGGGUUUCUGGAGUUGUAGCAUCCCUUCGGCGAACAAAUCCAUUGCAGAUGACUGCUGACAUGAGGAAAACACGGCAGCAGGUUUCAUACAUCGGAAAAGUUGGUGAUGCUAGAUAUCCGCACUGUUCACAUUGGGGAAAGAUAUGCUUCCUCUCUACUCCAGAUGGAGAAAAUUGUGGGUUGGUUAAAAACUUGGCCAGCUUGGGUCUUGUCAGCACAAAAGUGUUGGAACCUCUUAUUGAAAGAUUGCUCAAUUGUGGUCUGAAACAAUUGGUAGAUCAUGCUUCAUCAUUGGUACAUGGAGAGCACAAGAUAUUUUUGGAUGGGGAUUGGAUUGGAACAUGCAAGGAUUCUGCUUUUUUUGUAGCAGAACUAAGGAGUAAGCGUCGGAACAAGGAGAUCCCACCACAGGUGGAAAUUAAAAGAGAUGAACAUCAUGGAGAAAUUCGUAUAUUUUCUGAUGCUGGAAGGGUUCUUCGUCCUCUCCUAGUAGUUGAGAAUCUGAAAAAGAUCAAAGAUUUGAAAGGGGAAAACUAUUCAUUUCAGUCUCUUUUGGACAAAGGAAUAAUUGAACUUAUUGGACCUGAAGAGGAAGAAGAUUGUCCAACUGCUUGGGCAAUUGACUAUCUGUAUACUGGAAACAGAGAGAACCCUUCCAUGAAAUACACACAUUGUGAACUGGACAUGUCAUUUUUACUUGGUCUAAGCUGUGGAAUAAUCCCAUAUGCAAACCACGAUCACGCACGAAGGGUCCUGUACCAAUCUCAGAAGCACUCUCAGCAGGCCAUUGGGUUUUCCACCACAAACCCAAGUAUCAGGGUUGAUACAAAUAUUCAUCAAUUGUAUUAUCCCCAGAGGCCAUUGUUCUGUACAAUGCUUUCAGAUUGUCUGUGGAAGCCUGCCUAUCCUCGUCAUAGAGGAAUGUUGCCACGACCUGAAUACUAUAAUGGACAAUGUGCUAUAGUGGCAGUCAAUGUUCACCUUGGUUACAAUCAGGAGGAUUCCUUGGUGAUGAAUCGUGCUUCACUAGAGCGUGGCAUGUUCCGCUCCGAGCAUAUAAGAAGCUACAAGUCAGACAUAGAUGAGAAGCAUAACUUAGGAAAGAAGCAUAAGUCUGAGGACGAGGUAAAGUUUGGAAAGAUGCCAAGUAAAAUCGGGCGCGUUGACAGCCUUGAUGAUGAUGGUUUCCCAUUCAUCGGUGCUAGCCUUCAAACUGGUGAUAUAGUCAUCGGUAAGUAUUCAGAAUCUGGGGCUGAUCACAGUGUGAAACUGAAGCACACUGAAAGAGGCAUGGUUCAGAAGGUUGUACUGUCAGCUGAUGAUGAUGGCAAGAACUUUGCUGUGGUAUCUCUGAGGCAGGUUCGUUCUCCAAGUCUGGGUGACAAAUUUUCAAGCAUGCAUGGACAGAAGGGUGUUCUGGGUUUCCUGGAAUCCCAGGAGAAUUUUCCGUUUACUGCACAAGGGAUAGUUCCGGAUAUUGUGAUUAAUCCACAUGCAUUUCCUUCAAGGCAAACUCCUGGACAACUGUUAGAGGCUGCUUUGGCUAAGGGAAUUGCUCUAGGAGGUGUGCAGAAAUAUGCCACACCUUUUUCUGCUUUAUCUGUUGAUGCUGUAACAGACCAACUCCACAGGCUUGGAUUUUCAAGGUGGGGAAAUGAAAGAGUGUACAGUGGUCGAACAGGUGAAAUGAUUCAUUCCAUGGUUUUCAUGGGUCCAACGUUCUAUCAGCGCCUUAUUCAUAUGGCUGAAGAUAAAGUCAAAUUUCGAAAUACUGGACCCGUCCAUCCACUCACUCGUCAGCCGGUGGCAGACAGGAAGCGAUUUGGUGGGAUAAAAUUUGGUGAGAUGGAGCGAGAUUGCCUUAUAGCCCAUGGUGCUGCAUCCAAUCUGCAUGAACGCCUCUUCACUCUCAGCGAUUCCUCAGAGAUGCAUAUCUGUCGCAAAUGCAAGAGUAUGGCAAACGUAAUCCAAAGGUCAGUGUUUGGUGGGCGGAAGAUUCGUGGCCCUUUUUGCCGGUUCUGUGAGUCUGCUGAAGACAUUGUUAAGGUGAAUGUGCCUUACGGCGCCAAGUUGCUCAGCCAGGAGCUUUUCAGCAUGGGCAUAUCUCUGAAGUUUGAUGCCGAGUUGUGUUGAGCUCUAUCCAUUGUCUUCUAGGUCCUGUAAAAGUUCACGAAUUUCUGUAAAUUUUUCAGUUUCAGAUCAAGGGUAAGGUGCAAUAUCACAGCUUUUGGAUGAAAAAUUUUGUACAUAGACUGAGAGAAGUACUUCCUCUCCCAAGCACAAGCAAGCACUCAUGUUCUGAUUUAGAAAAAUUGGUAGUAAAACAAAAAAGGUGCAGUCCGGAUAAGCAAUUUCCUUCUGUAAUUGCUAGUCUGCAGUUGUGCUAUUAUAUGCCUGGCUCAUUUAUCAAACCCUGUGCAUUUGGUAGGUUUAGUUUCAGUGCAUCUGUUGCUUACAUGGUGGUUAUAAUGUAAUAUGGGAUUGAACUUGGUGAUGAUCAGUGUCCAUGUAUGGCAUUGCAGAUGAUUUCACUGGUUGA